CGGGCUGUGUCGGUGUCACAACUCACAACGCCAGAAUGCCGCUACAAACUACCAAUGUGGGGGUUGGCUCUUUAAUUCAGUCUAUCCACUGGUAAUAGCCCGCACAAGCUUAGUGCCCGCGACUCUGCACGACCCCGUUGAGCGAUUGUUAUCCCGGGCGCGACUUGUUUGGACUGUUGACACAGUUGUUCGUGCACGGACAUCUGCGGGAGCGGCGCAUUCUUGUGGAAAGACAAACGCCAUUUACUCGACAUGAAGUGUGACAAAUGCACUAAGAAGGAAUGUAGCAAAAAACGGAAGAACGAUGAGAACGCAAGUCUGAUCAUAGAUACGAGAAGCCCUGGAGCCAGCGACAGGGACGAGGAAAGUGAAUUUCAUAAGUUGGCCAACGCAAAAAUAUUCCUCAGUGACUGCCUAGCCUGUGAAAAUUGUCUAACGUCCAUGGAAAGUCAGCGGAUCGCUGGACAAUGCCAGGAGUUCUUGACUGCACUUGAUCUCAAUCAGAGAUGUGAUGAGUCCAAGCACAAAGUGCUGGUUGUUUCAAUUUCGCCUCAGUCAGUGAUGUAUUUUGCUGCUAAGCACUCUAUAAGUGUUUCUGAUGUAAUGCAAAGACUCUCUGGAUUCUUGAAAAGCCUUGGGGCCCACUAUGUCUUCAACAUGAUGUUGGCAGCUGAUUUCAGCCUUCUUGAGAGUCAAAGAGAGUUUGUUCAACGCUUUUACCAGAGAAGCCAAAACCAACAUGCUUUACCAAUGUUUGCCUCUGCUUGCCCAGGCUGGAUCCGGUACGCUGAGAAAGCCCUCGGUAGCCUCGUGCUUCCACACAUCAGUACUGCCAAAUCCCCACAUCAAGUGAUGGGAUCUCUGAUAAAGGACUAUUUUGCCAAAAAGCAGCAACUCCCACCUGAGAAGAUCUUUCAUGUUGUCAUAACUCCCUGCUACGAUAAAAAAUUGGAGGCACUAGGAGAAGACUUUUACAGCAGUGUUCACAAGAUACAGGAUGUUGACUGCGUACUAACAUCAGGUGAAAUAGAACAGAUGAUGGAUCAAAAAGGUUUUCAGCUGACAGAUGUGGAGCCAACAGCUUUAGACAAUUUGUUUGAAGAAAUUGGUGACAUAGGUAUUUCAAGGCAUGAUGGGAGGGGAUCUGAUGGCUUCCUAGAACACAUUUUUAAAUAUGCUGCUAAGGAAAUCUUUGGCAUUGAGGUGAAAGAAAUCAUCUACAAAACACUCAGGAAUAAAGACUUCCAAGAGGUGACUCUGGAAAAAGAUGGGGAGAUAGUUUUACAAUUCGCUGCCACCUAUGGAUUCAGGAAUAUUCAGAACAUGGUUCACAAACUGAAGAAAGGGAAGUUUCCUUAUCACUUCAUCGAAGUCCUUGCAUGCCCUGGAGGGUGUCUCAACGGAAAAGGUCAAGCCAUGACCGAAGAUAGAAAAAUGGAUAAAGAUUUGCUGCAUCGGAUGGAGGAGAUGUACAGCAGCCUGCCCGUCCACGUGCCAGAAGCCAAUCUACAUGUGCAAACGCUCUACCAGCAGUGGUUGGAAGGAAGGAACUCGACUAAAGUCCGUGAGGUGCUGCAUAAACAGUACCACGUGCUCAGUGAGGCCCUGACCAGCGUGGACAUCAAGUGGUAGUGCUGGCGGUGCAGUUCCUAACUUGUGCAACGCCGGUUCUGCAGACAACACUGGUGGUAUCUCAUAACAAAGGUGCAAUCAGGCUCGCAAGUGUGUUGAAGUAUGACAUUGUGUCUUUGCAAGGAAUAGAGACUUGAAUCUUGUAAUUUAUCGGACUUCAGAUAAACCUGGGAGACGUUCGUCUUCAAAGUCACUUGAAUGUUUCCAUUGUUUAUGCCUGCUUUCAAAUUAAUAUAUUGCAUACAAGGUCAUAAUUGCAUCAACAAUUAUUUUCUCAAAUGGAGAUAUACAGAAGUGAUAGAAGAAGAAUUCUUCAAAUACCAUUCCGAGUCCAGAACGUAUAGAUUCUGUUCUAUUUUAUUUUAUGGUAUUGUUCGUGUAAUGCAUUCAGGGUGAGAAGGGGAAAUUCUCUGUUCUUGAGCUAUAUAUAUACUUAUUCUUGAAGGGAGGGAGAGAACAGUGCAUGUCAUUCAGAAGCGGUGACUUGCAAACAGCUCAAUAUUUGGUGCUUUUUGGAUCUGUCUUUAUACACAAGAAACACUUCAUCUUGAGGACCCUCGAGGCUAUUGUUCUGGCGAGGUCCACAGCAUGCUUGCCGCAACUCCUCUGAACGGUUCACUUAAUGGAUGUUAACGUUACACUUGUGUCUGCUUACUCAAAAACAUGAUUCUAGCUUAAGUCCUGUGAGUUCUGAAAAUCAGGUAAACUGAUCUAAUAAUCUGGUGAUAACAAGGAACUCCAGAUGCUUGUCUACCAAA